AUGCGUGCUUGGUCCUUGUUCGGCGCCUUGUCUGCCGCUAGUGGGGUAACUCUGGCGACUGCCGAUGCGAUUGAACCUUCGAAUUUCAAUGUGACCGAAGGAUUGGAGCAGCUUGGCGUGAAAGUGUCGAGCAUUCCUGCUUUGAAGUCAUUCAGUGGCAUCCAAGCACGGUCAACCGACGGCGCAUGUGCAGCAGCUUGUGGAAGUUUGAAGUUUCUUUUCGGAUCCCAACAGGUUAACGCGCAAAAUUCGACACUCUACAACAAUUUCACCAAUUCUUUCUGGUCCGAGCAACAGGAAGAAGUCCAGCCUUAUUGUGUCUUCCGACCCUCGGUGAACACGCAAGUCAGCAUAGCUGUGCUGCUGUCUCGACUGACUGGUUGUCCAUUUGCUGCCAGAAGUGGUGGCCAUGCGGCCUUUUCCGGGGCUUCCAGCAGUGCUGGAGGCAUCAGUAUCUGGUUCAAGGACAUGAAUGCGGUGAAGCUCAAUGCAGACAAGUCGGUUGCUUCAAUCGAGCCUGGUAACAACUGGCUGUCAGUAUAUUCGGCACUCGAGCCGUAUGGACUGGCUACAAUUGGGGGUCGCGCGUCCAGCAUCGGUGUGGGUGGCUUUGUCCUGGGCGGCGGCAUUUCCUACCACUCUAACUUGUACGGUUGGGCCCUUGAUAAUGUUCAAAGCUUCGAGGUCGUCACUGCGGCCGGUUUAAUCGUCACUGCGAGUGAGACUGUCCUGCCUGACUUGUACUGGGCCCUCCGUGGUGGUGGAAAUAACUUUGGCCUUGUCACCAAAUACAACCUCUAUACAAUUCCAUGCCCAACGAUGCGUGGAGGUGCCAGAAUCUUUACUGAGAACUAUUUCAGCGAAGUCAUCAACGCCUUCAUCAACGUUGUGAACAACGCCACUGUGGAUGGCAAAGCGCAACAAUACGUCGCCUUCCUUCAAACCCAAGGUACAAACAUCGCCACGGCUGAGUUGACUUAUGUUGAAGAUGUUGCCGACCCGGAGAUUUUCCAGCAAUACCGAAGCAUCCCUGCAAUUGCAGAUUCGACUAGCACUAAGACACUCGUCGAAUACGUCGAGUACCUAGAGUCCGACAAUCCGUUUGGAUACCGCGAAAUUUACUGGCCGAUCGCCGUGCAACUCAAUGAGGAGUUUAGCAACUGGGUUGUGGAUCUAUUCAUGUCAUUGAUCCCACAGGUGAUCGACCUCGCGGGCGCAAACCCAGUGAUCAUCUAUCAAGGUAUCACCUUGCCCAUGCUGAAGAAUAUGACCAAUUAUGGCGGAAAUGCCCUGGGACUCGAUGCUUCCAAGGGCCCCGUCCAUCUUAUGCAUAUUUCUUUCUGGUGGGACGAUUCAUCCGAUGACGACACUGUUUACGAGUGGGUUUACAGCUUCUGGACCCAGGUCAUCGCAAAGGCUCAAGACAUGGGCAUCUACAACGAGUAUAUUUACAUGAACUAUGCCAGCAUGUUCCAGGAUCCAAUUGCCGGCUAUGGAGAAGCCAACAAAGAGCGUCUGCGGAAGAUUGCUAAUGUGUAUGAUCCGACUGGGGUCUACCAGACUUUGCAACCAGGAUACUUCAAGCUGAAUAAUGGAUCACCUGUGACCUAUUCUCUCUGA